UACUCAUAUGGUGACUCUAUGGCAUUCUGAGUAUGAAAUGCAUUUUGUAUUUAACCACAACCACUUUUAUGUUUUCUAUCUUGCACUUAUUUCUUCCUUAUUUUCGUGUUGGUUGCAAGACACAUGGACUAAGAGUUGGGCAAGAAGCUGCAAAGAAAGGAAUCGGAUUCAUUGAGGCAUUUGCAUUGAUUGGGAAGGAGGAGGGUAUCAAAGGAUAUUGGAAAGGAAACCUUCCACAGGUGAUACGGAUCAUACCUUAUAGUGCGAUGCAGUUAUUUGCUUUGGAGAAAACUUUAACACUGAAACAUUUUCAAGGAAAGGAUGGUGUGCUUUCUGUCAUUGGAAGACUAGCAGCAGGUGCUUGUGCUGGCAUGACUUGUGAAGAAGUAGAAGUUGGUUCGGGAGAAGAGGAAUUAAAAGAUACGCCUACUAGUCCGGUGACAGAAGUUUCAAAUGAAACUACAAAUUCAACAGAGUAA